GGCCGCGCGGGGAGGAGCCGGAGGCGGAGGGCCGGCCGGGGAGGAGGCGGGCGGCCCGGAGCGCGGGCGCAGAGCGGAACUCCUGAGGUUGCGGGAGCCGCGGCGGGCUGCGCGCCCUCGGGCGGGACGCGGCCGCGGCGCCCAUGGCCCUGAGCAAGGGGCUGCGGCUGCUCGGGCGGCUGGAGGCCGGGGCGGAGAGCAGCGUCCUGCUGGAGGCGCGCGGCCGCGGGGACUGCCUGCUCUUCGAGGCCGGCACGGUGGCCACGCUCGCUCCGGAAGAAAAGGAGGUCAUUAAAGGCCAGUAUGGAAAACUCACGGAUGCUUAUGGCUGCUUGGGGGAGCUCAGGUUAAAAUCAGGUGGCGCGUCCCUGAGCUUCCUGGUUUUGGUGACCGGCUGUGUGUCUGUGGGCAGAAUCCCAGAGGCAGAAAUCUACAAAAUCACUGCCACAGAUUUUUACCCCCUUCAGGAGGAGGCCAAGGAGGAGGACCGCCUUGCAGCCCUGCGGAAAAUCCUCUCCUCGGGGGUCUUCUACUUCUCAUGGCCCAACGAAGGAUCUCACUUUGACCUCACCGUCCGGGCGCAGAAGCAGGGUGAUGACAGUUACGAAUGGGGGAGCUCCUUCUUUUGGAACCAGCUGCUGCAUGUGCCCCUGAGGCAACACCAGGUGAGCUGCUGUGACUGGCUACUGAAGGUCAUCUGCGGGGUGGUGGCCAUCCGCACAGUGUACGCCUCACACAAGCAGGCCAAGGCCUGCCUCAUCUCUCGCAUCAGCUGCGAGCGCGCUGGUGCUCGCUUCUACACCCGAGGCGUGAACGACGAUGGUCACGUGUCCAACUUUGUGGAGACAGAGCAGACCAUCUACAUGGAUGAUGGAGUGUCGUCCUUUGUCCAGAUUAGAGGCUCUGUUCCACUGUUUUGGGAGCAGCCAGGGCUACAGGUUGGCUCCCAUCAUCUGAGACUCAAUAGAGGCCUGGAAGCCAACGCCCCUGCUUUUGACAGACAUAUGGUGCUUCUGAAGGAGCAGUACGGGAAGCAAGUGGUGGUGAACCUGCUGAGGAGCCGAGGCGGAGAGGAGGUGCUCAACAGAGCCUUCAAGAAGCUGCUCUGGGCUUCCUGCCACGCCAGCGACACGCCUAUGAUAAACUUUGACUUCCAUCAGUUUGCCAAAGGCGGGAAGCUAGAGAAAUUGGAGAACCUGUUGAGGCCCCAGCUAAAGCUCCACUGGGAUGACUUUGGCGUGUACACCAAGGGCGAGAAUGUAAGUCCACGUUUUCAGAAAGGCACUUUGCGAAUGAACUGCCUUGACUGCCUGGACCGAACCAACACAGUGCAGGGCUUCAUUGCACUCGAGGUCCUUCACCUGCAGCUCGAGAGCCUCGGGCUGAAUUCGAAGCCCAUUGCCGAGCGCUUUGUGGAGUCCUUCAAAGCCAUGUGGUCUCUGAAUGGGCACAGCCUGAGCAAGAUGUUCACGGGCAGCCGGGCCCUGGAAGGGAAAGCGAAGGUGGGGAAGCUGAAGGACGGGGCCCGGUCCGUGUCACGCACUAUCCAGUCCAACUUCUUUGACGGCGUGAAGCAGGAAGCCAUCAAGCUGCUGCUGGUUGGGGACGUCUACGCCGAGGAGUCUGCAGACAAAGGAAGGGUGCUCCUGGACAACACGGCCCUGCUAGUGACUCCCAGGAUCCUGAGAGCUAUGUCGGAGCGCCAGUCAGAAUUUACAAAUUUCAAACCAAUCUGUGUUGCCAUGGGAACCUGGAACGUGAAUGGAGGGAAGCAGUUCAGGAGCAACCUGCUCGGGACCACCGAGCUGGCUGACUGGCUGCUUGACUCACCCACGCUCUCCAGCGUCGCAGAGUCCCCAGAUGACAGCAGCCCAGCUGACAUAUUUGCUGUGGGGUUUGAAGAGAUGGUGGAACUGAGUGCCGGGAAUAUCGUCAAUGCCAGUACCACCAACAGGAAGGUGUGGGGUGAGCAGCUUCAGAAAGCCAUCUCACGCUCUCAUAGGUACAUUCUCUUGACUUCGGCACAGCUGGUGGGCGUCUGUCUGUAUAUCUUUGUACGUCCGUACCAUGUCCCAUUUAUCAGGGACGUGGCAAUGGACACAGUGAAGACGGGCAUGGGCGGAAAGGCGGGGAACAAGGGUGCCGUGGGCAUCCGCUUUCAGUUCCACAGCACGAGCCUCUGCUUCAUCUGCAGCCACCUGACGGCUGGGCAGUCCCAGGUGAGGGAGAGGAACGAGGACUACCGUGAGAUCGCCCAGAAGCUGACUUUCCCCACGGGAAGAAACAUUUUUUCUCAUGAUUAUGUGUUCUGGUGUGGUGAUUUCAACUACCGCAUUGACCUCACUUAUGAAGAAGUCUUCUAUUUUGUUAAACGCCAAGACUGGAAGAAACUUCUGGAAUUUGAUCAGCUACAGCUACAGAAAUCAAGUGGAAAAAUUUUUAAAGACUUUCACGAAGGCACCAUUAAUUUUGGACCCACCUACAAGUAUGACGUUGGCUCUGCUGCCUACGAUACUAGUGACAAGUGUCGCACCCCUGCCUGGACAGACAGGGUCCUAUGGUGGAGGAAGAGGCAUCCUUUUGACAGAACAGCUGGAGAACUCAACCUUCUGGAGAGCGAUCUAGAUGCUGAUGCCAGAGUCAAACAUAGCUGGUCUCCUGGGACCCUCAAGUACUACGGCCGAGCAGAGCUACAAGCAUCUGAUCACAGGUACGGUCCUACUUCCAGAGCAUGUUCUUCUCAGCGGAGAGAGGCAGUGUCUGGUGCUCCCCACAGAGAGUGGACAUGCCGUCCCCGUCAGGAUGUGUGUGUGCAUUUCAAGGAAGGCGUCUCUGAUAAGAUGACCUUGGAGCCCAGACCUGAAGGAAAUGAGUGUGUCAGCCAUGUGGAUGUCAGGGGAGAGCAUUCCAGGGCAGGGAGCGUGGCAGGAACAUCUGGCAAUCUGGAGAGCAAGAAGAGGCUUGGUGUUGAAAUAGGCUCACCAAGGAAAGGCUCUGGCCUUUCCACACUAAUCAUGUGCUGUGAUGUCCAUCUUCAAGGGGAUAUUCUCGAGGAUGAUGAAGAUGAUUUGGGGGAUGAGCUAAGUCAGCCUGCAGUCUUGGACAGUGAACUAGGGGGAGAGGGCCUUCCUGACGCACCCAGCCCCUCCACAGCGGCCCCUCCCAGCAAGUCACCUGCACUCACCAAGAAGAAGCAACGUCCAACCUACAAAGAUGAUGCUGACCUGGUGGAGCUAAAGCAGGAGCUGGAAGCAGUUGGGGAUUUCCGUCACCGUUCUCCAAGUAGGUCUCUGUCGGUUCCCAGUAGGCCUCGGCCACCUCACCCACCACAGAGACCCCCCCCUCCAACUGGUUUAAUGGUGAAAAAGUCGGCCUCAGAUGUGUCCAUCUCCUCUGGCACUGACGGGCAGUAUUCGAUCUUGCAGACAGCCAAGCUGCUGCCAGGAGCGCCUCAGCAAGCACCCAAAGCAAGGACUGGGAUAAGUAAACCUUAUAAUGUCAAGCAGAUCAAAACGACCAAUGCUCAGGAGGCAGAGGCAGCCAUCCGAUUUCUCCUGGAAGCCAGAGGAGGCACCCCAGGAGAAGCCCUAACUACCACAACCCCAAGGGACCAAGGGCCUUCCAAACCAGAGUCCACAGCAGGGGUGGCCCCACUCCUGCCCCGUCGGCCUGCACCCAGAGUUCCUGCCAUCAAGAAGCCAGCCUUGAGGAGGACAGGAAAGCCCGAAUCACCGGAAGAACCGUUUGGGCAGCAGACGGUCCAUUUUACAGUCGGACCCCCGGAGACAAGCCUUGAAACCCCUCUUCCAGAGACAGUUCCCCCAGUUCCCAAACCAAGAACACUUCAGCCUGGGAAGACGGCGGAGAGGAGGCUGAGUGGUGGAAAGCCAGCACCAGGCGACACCCCUCCCGAGGCCGGAGCCUCCACACCGCCCCCUCCGGGGGUGCGGCCUGUGGUCCCCCAGGCUCCCCCGAGGAGGAAGAAGUCAGCCCCAGCGGCCUUCCACCUGCAGGUUCUGCAAAGCGACAGCCAGCUUCUCCAGGGCCUGGUUUGCAGUGGCCGCGGCAGCAGCGACUGGCCCCCGGCACGCCAGCCCGAUGGGGGCACCCUCUUUCCGCAACCUGCGUUUCUUGGCACAUCACUCGCCACGAGCCCGGAAGCUGAUGGCACAGAGGAGACAAAGGCAGAGGGGGCCUCCCUCCCUGGCGAAUAUCAGGAUCCAUUCUGGAGCCUUCUGCACCAACCCAACCUGUUGAACAAUGCCUGGCUUUCCAAGAGCUCUGACCCCUUGGGCUCAGGGACCGGGAGCCCCGCGAGGACCCACGUGGCCCCAGUGCAAGUCAGGGCCUCAGAUGCCCAGCAGCCACUGCCAGAGCACAGGCAAAAAGACCUUGGUCGCUGGGUGACCAUCAGUGACCAGGACAAGAGGACGGUGCUGCAGGUGUUUGACCCACUGGCAAAAACAUGAGGGGGGAGCUUGGACGGCCAUUCUCACAGAAGGUGUGCAUCCCUCUCCUGGCCUCACUGUACAGGGAGAAGCCCCUAUGCGGCCUUAGAACCCCAGUGGAAAGAGACAUCUAUUUAAAGGCGCACUGAAAACCAUUGGUACUUCCCUCACUCCUGUGUAGUUUACAAAAAAAGUGUCUCUUUUUUCAAUAAGAGUAUUAUUCAGCCACCAAGACAUGUUUUAUUCCAGACUUGUGGAUUUUAAGUUUCCUCUCAGGGGUAUGGGAAACCCCUUGUUAGAUUCAGUUUAUGGAUUAUAGGAAAGGGAAUACAGAUGAUAAUGCCCAAGGAAUUCUCUCCCACUGAGUUUUAAGUGGUUCUUCAAUUAUGUGUGUAUGCGGUGUUUUAAAAUUUUUGUUUGCAUUUUACAGAUUUGGAAUAACUUUUUGGUGAACCACCUGAAGGUGGACACAUAAAGAAAGGAUCACAUUAAAGGGUGGUUGGGACCCUUAAGACCUAUACCUGGCCCACUGACACCUGAUUUUUUUUUUAAUGGGAGCUGGGAGCAGCAAAUAAGUCAACCAAAUGAUAGCCUGUACCUUCCUGUGAGCUCUUGUGUUUAUUUGUGUUCAUUUGUAUUAGCCUUGAUCAGGUGGGAUACAGUGUCGUAUACACUGUUUUGGUUCUGAAGCAUAUACCAUGAGCUUAACCUGAGCUUAAACUGGCUAAAGACUCCUGAACUAUGUCUGGUGGACUUGCCCCAUAAAUUGCGACUGUCCUGAACACUAGUGUGUUAUUUAAACCAGUUUUUAGACACUCUCUAUUCCCUAUUAAAGAGUAAAGGACUCCUCAAUGAAUUUUUUUCCCCUUACACCCACACCUGGUAAAAGCAUAAAAUGUGAAAAGUCAUACUGGCACAUAAUAUAUUGAUUUGCAUUGUUAUAACGUGAAGAAUGUUUGUUUCAGCCUCUCUGCCCAGCUGCAACUUUAGGAAGGAAAAUACCGCAUGACUCUAUAUAUAAGAAAGCCCAGGGCAGCAUUUCUGGUUUAUCUGUGUUUAUUUUGGUUUAUUUCUUGCCUCCACAUUUUUCCUAUACAUUUCCCAACACCACUUCUUGCCUAUUCAAACACUUAAAAAGGGAUCAGCAAUACAUAGUUUUACAUUUUAAAAAUAUUAUAAGGCCUAGAAUCCAGUUGGAGCAGAUAGCAUAUUUUUGCUAAUAAGCACACUGUUGAAAUCUUAGGGUGCCACCUACCAUGUUUAGGAGUCUUUCAUGUUCAUGUCAUAGAGUCCUACAGCAGUGAUUCUGUGUUAUCCCUAAUGUGACUGGCGACUGACUUCCUGUACGAGUUGCUAAUGGUUGGAUGGCAGUAAUCAUCUUGCCUGUGGGAUACCUUGCUCUUUUUACCAGUGACACCUCUGAUUCCAGAAUUAUUUCUCAUUGCCUCUAUCAAGAUACACUGCAGAUCAUUUAAGUCUGGCACUCAAAUAAAACUACAAUUAUUUCAUCUGAGAACUCAUAAAAAGGUAUUAGUGACCCAGCACUAUCAACAUAUGGUACAGGUAGUUGACCAGCCAUAAAAGACGGUGUUUCUGGCCUUAACUGUUUAGAACACCGGCUGUAUUGUGUAAGUGUUGUAAGUCAUUUUUACCUGACAAAUGCAAGUAAACACACAAUCCUUGAAAGUAUAGCAAGAUGGGUGAUAGGCUUGGAGAAGUCAAAUGAUUUGUGAGGAUUCACUUAGCUACUAAUAGGAUACAGUUGGGAAUGGGAUCGAAUAUUUCCUAAUCCAAAUGCCGUAUUCUCUAUAACCUCUCUUCCCACCACAAAGGUGAAUUUGAAAGCAGAUACGCAUAAUGACCAGCCAGAAAGGCAAGGGGAAUGGAAGUACCAUUGCAGGUGUUUCCAGUGCUGGGAACACGCCUGAUUUUCAGGGUCAUCUUUGUUCCAGAUAGCAAGUAGCUCAUAAACAGGAGACAGAGCAGAAUUUCAGUUAAGCUUGGUGCUCAUCACACAAGGAGCUCUUAAGAAUCAGAUUGUAAGUAUUAGCGAGCAGAACUGUGUUGAUUUUGGGAGGCAGGUCACAAGAAAACGUACGAGUAGUUUAACGUGAAGAACUGAACAAAUACUAUUUGAUCAUGAAUGUUCGAGUUUAAUGAACAAGAUAGUGUGGAUUUUUUGGGUUGAUAACAUGCAAGGGUCUCACAUCAACAUUCUCAAAAAAGGGACAAUUGGAAUCACCUGAUUUAUUUUCAAAUCAAUGCUUAAUGGUAGGUUUCCUAGGUUAGCAGCAGAGUUGAAUAAUCUUGACAGCAGCUGCCCUCCUGGGGAUUUCAUUCUGUGGGUUUUUUUUAAUUUUUAGUCUUCCUUUGAUGCUCCCACACAGGCCUUUUUAUUGUGACCUUGUAGUCUUUUUUCAUCCCUGGUCUGUAAGAUGUUACAGUUCACUGCAGGAUGUCUUAGGCACAGUACUUUACAAUCAACACUGUCUCUAUGGCCCGAUUAUACUCCCUUCUACGACAGAAUCUUCUCCAACUUCUUGCCCAUUUUAAAGAUUUGUUCCAGUGAAAGAAGAAAACUUUUAAGAUGCUGAAAGUCAUGACACUUAAAAUCCUCCUGACAUGUGUAUCAAACAAAGUAAUAUGCUAAAAAUCUGCUUCAUAAUGAAAUAAUUUCAUCAGGAAGGAAAACUGCAAAAAUUAUUUAUUGGGUGACUAGCAAUUAGUAAAAUCCCUGUAAUGUUUAUUUGAAGUGGUAAUUUGUACUGAAAUUGUUUUAAAAAUGCCUAUUAAAUGUUUUGUCUUUUUUAAAA